AUGCUGAAGACGGCCCUGCUUCUGGACGGCAGUGAGGCGAUGAACAGUUCCGCCGAUUACCUGCCCACACGGUUGCUUGCGCUGCGUCCUCAGCUGGGUAAAUUUGUCCAUACAUACCUUGGCGCCAACCCGCUGGCCUCUCUUGGGGUUGUCACGAUGCGGGAUGGUGUGGCGCACCGCCUUAACUCCUGCACCACCAACACCUCAGACAUCCUCCAAACGUUGGAAGUAAAGUAUUUUCUUUUCGGAGGGUCUGGGGCAAUGUCGCUGGAGAAUGGGCUUCGCCUGGCCCUCUCAGAACUUGUGGAUCUAAAGCGCAUUGCCAAGCGUGUGCGACAAACCGAGUCCAAUGACAUCGGCAGAGAGGCACGAGAGGAACCCGCGGCGCGGCUGCGAAUUCUGUUGGUCUCCUCCUCGGUCACCAUUGUGGACCCACAUGAUGUUUUUAACGUGAUAAAAAUGUUGGCAAAACUUCGCGUGCGUGUCGACGUGAUUUCAUUUUGCGGUGCUGUGCAUGUGUUUGAGGCGGCGGCGACGGCUACAGGUGGGACGCUCUACACUCCCAUGAACUACGACCACCUCAGUGAGGUCUUGGGGCGGCUUUCAACUCCUGAUAAAUCUCGCUCUUGCCAUGAGGAGAAACCGAUGAUGAUUCCUGUUGGAUUUCCGUGCUAUGCUGAACGCGAGGAGCCGCAAGAAGCAGGAAGCGGCGGAGUUACGAAGUAUUUGGCAUGCCCGCAAUGUGGGCUGAUACAGACAUCCAUUCCAUCUACCUGCCUGCUUUGCAAGUUGCUGCUGUGCAGCGCCCCGCUGCUUCACACCACCUUUGUUGCUCACAAUGAACUUUGUGCCGCUUCUAGCAAGGCAGGAGGUGCAUCGGAGGGUCCAAGCAAACUUAUGGACGAUACUUUUGGUGAGCGGUGCUCGCUGUGUCAACUUGGAAUGCAGGACGAAGAUGGAAAGACACUUGUUUGGCAAUGUAACUCCUGCCGCUGCAUGCGUUGUGCCUCGUGUGAAAAGUUUGUUCGCGAAGGCAUAGGCCUUUGCCCAAUCUGCAUUGCUGCUCCAUUAUAA